AUGGACGUCGUCGGUGAACGUCUCGGUGGUUCCGAUAAGUGGGAACCCCUUGUUUCUGAACAGGAUGAUACAGUUCAAGAAACAGAAGAAGUGUCAGAAGCGGAUGGAAUAGAGCGAAAGUUGCCCGAUACAAAGCCCAGUCAUGUCUCGUUUUUUCUUGAUGGAAACCAAGUUAUCGAUGGGCUUCGAACGACUUCGAAUGCACCUCCUCUUGUUUCUCCCACUAAAAGGACGGAAAACGGCACUCCUUCGCACCGAACAUUGAGACAAAAUCAGCAGGGUGCCGGCGCAUGCCAGAAUCAACUGGCAAUCUUGGACGACAAAGGCACCACUGAAGUAUCUGCUGUUGUCCAUGAGGAACAAACUGAGCAUGCAAGCGAAGACACAGAGACAUUGGUGGGCCUGCAGCAGUCUCGAAGCCUUCCAGACGCAAUAGCUCUUCUAUCAAAGACCACACAAGACCUAGAAGGAAGGGUUAAUGCUCUCCUGGCUCAGCAUGAAGAGGAGUUCUUCGCUUCAUUCCGCUCCCACAUGGCAAAGGUAAAAAAGCAUGUGGAAGAGCUCCAAGCACGUGCUGACGAACAGAAAAACCUGCUGGAGAGAGAUUUGAGAAUUAAGACCCUUCAACAGGAGUUGCAGUGGUUUGUGAACGAAGCGGUCAGACUCGACCAGGUUUGCAAAAGACUUAAAGGGGACCUUCUCAGUUGGCGUGCACGAACCGACGCUCUACGAGAAGACCGCGAUUUUCUGGAGGCAGAACUGAAAAAGGCAAAACCGAUAGUGAAGAGCGCCCACGCGAUCCACGGUAGCCCUCCAUGCCAGCCCGGCAUGAACGCAUUGGCUCAUACUCCGUCUGACGAUCCAAAGGUGCUGAGGGAAACUAUUGAAGAGUUGAAGAAACAGGUUUCGAGUCUGGCUGCCGCGAACCGUCGGCUUCAGAAUGAAGCGAAAAGGAACUCACGAAUCGAAUCGAACCUAGUGGAGGCUUCUAAGGCACUGUCAAGGCGCCGCGACUUAGAAUCCUUUUUCCUGGAAUGCAUUAAUGAGGUCAGGAAGGAAAGAAAACUGAGGGGAGCUCCAAGCACUUCACUUGGAGGAUUUGAGACGCUUUCUCUAGAAGAGUUCCUAGCAUAUGACCGGCGCAUGGUGUUGACUGCCUUAUUGUCAAAUGACCACGUCCUUCAAAAGUUGUACUCUCUCAUAUUCCCACAUCCAGGGGUUAUAGAAUAA